GCCGUGUUUCGAUGAGGCAGAACGCACUGAGUGUCUGAGUGUUUUGUGUUGACACCAGAGGGAUAUGCGGCGAUGAUCUUGCGUGUGAACGCGUCUGCAGCGGUCUCUGAGCAGCUACGGACAGAUUUGGCGUCGGAUGGGAGAUUAGGAAGAGGAGAAGGACGAUCGACCGGCAUCAGUAAAAAGAAAAACAAACCCCGGAAUCUUUUGGUCCAUCGCGUCGCUGUAGCGACGGCAGCGGCCCGUCGACCCUCAGAGGAAGCCAGGAGCUGGAUUUGACAUGUCGCAGGGAUGUGCUGAAAGCUUGAUGAUGACAGAAGGAGAAGGAGAAAAGUGGAGUGAGCCUUUUCUGGUCCUGGAUAGGUUUUAAUUAGAUCCUUACAAAAACAGCUGACAUUUUGUGGUCAGAAGGUGAUGGCAGCACUGACUGAGCUUCACCGCUACUAUUACCCAUUCCUACAAAUGGAAGCCCACCUCUGGUGCACCUGAGCCCCCAUUUAGCGCUGCCUCCUUCCCCAACUCUCCUUCUGCCUUUCCUUGCUCAUUAUUUUCACCUCUUUCUCCAUCCACCUCAUUCAACUGCUAUACUUUCCCUCCAUUUCCUCCCAUCUCUCCACUCUGUUUCCCUAGAAUAAUGGCGUGCUGUGGGCGCUCUCUGGACUCUCCAUGCACACUAGCUUUGCUGAUAGGCUUCCAGUUUGCCUUUGUGCUCUAUUUCUCUCUCGGGGGCUUCAGAGGCCUGGUGUCUGUCCUGGUGCACACCACAGAGCCCGAGUUUGAUUACUCUCGACCACAUGAUGUAUACACCAACCUCAGUCAUCUGGGAGUACCGCCUCCCCCGCCUCGCAACUCUGGCACUGGACCCCCUGCCACAGGCCCACCACUGAGAGACUGCCAGAUCCCUUCCCCACUUCUGGUUGGACCUGUGUCUGUCCAUCUUUCAUCUCCUCUGUCUCUUGAGGAGAUCAGACAAAGGAACCCAUUAGUGUUGCCAGGUGGACGCUACCGGCCCCCAGACUGUGAACCACGCCAUCACACAGCGAUAGUGGUACCGUACCGAAACCGUCAGAGCCACCUCCGUGCCCUGCUCUACCACCUCCACCCCUUCUUGCAGAGACAGCAGAUACACUACAGCAUCUACAUAGUACAGCAGUGGGGAAACAGCACUUUUAACCGAGCCAAGCUGCUAAAUGUUGGUGUGCGGGAGGCACUCAGAGAUGAAGACUGGAGCUGCAUCUUCCUGCAUGAUGUUGACUUGCUGCCCGAAAAUGACCACAACACCUACACCUGCCACAAACAGUUUCCUACACACCUGUCUGUGGCCAUGGAUAAGUUCCGAUACAGGCUGCCAUAUCCACAGUAUUUUGGUGGGGUGUCUGCGGUGACCCCAGACCAGUACAUGAAGAUGAACGGUUUCCCUAACCAGUACUGGGGCUGGGGCGGGGAAGAUGAUGACAUCGCUGCCAGGGUGCGUCUGUCUGGCAUGAAGAUUGUGCGCCCUCCAGUGGCCAUUGGCCAUUACAAGAUGAUCAAGCAUAAAGGAGACCGAGGCAACGAGCAAAAUCCACGCAGGUUUGACCUUCUGAAAAGGACCAGGCUCAACUGGCGCUCUGACGGCCUUAAUUCCUUGACCUAUGAGCUGCUUUCCAAAGAGCUUGAGCCACUCUACACCAACCUGACGGUCAACAUUGGAGAAGACCCCCAUCUGGCCCAGGGCAAGGUCCCCAUUCCUGUGAAAGCAACGACCCCUGCCCACCAACGUAGCACCAGCAAGACAGGAGACCCAUCCAAACAGGAAAAGAGGCAAGAAGUGCCAGCAAAUAUGACUGUGGCCAAGCCGGUCGGUGAAAAGACAGAACCUGGUCAGUCAAAGACAGCAAAUCAAAUAACACAUCAGAAGACAGGGAAGAUGAAAUAAGAUGAGGUGUAUAAUAAAUCUGUAGCAUAAAGCGGCUUCCCUUUUCAUUUUGAUCUGAAAGACAAAAUGGAGACAAGCAGCAUAGAUCUGUUCUGUUGCGGGACGUUUAAGUACAGCAAUUUUUUGUGCUCAGUGUAGGUUAGGGGUAUGAAACGAAUCAAAUGAAGGAGCCACUUUUGUCAACAGGGUGCAUUCAGGAACACCGAGUCACCUCGUCUUGGCUUAUCAUCCACUGAAUGUGAUCUGCGGUCGUGCUCAUAACAGAACCAGAAGAUCAGCGGUGAGAGAUUCAGUCAUAUCCCCGUAGAAGUUCAAAACAAACUCUACGAAAACGAGACGGCAUAUCUAAAAACCUCUGCACACAAACUGGUCUGCCGCAAGCAGACCUGUGGCUUCAUCCGGUCCGCUCCCAAAACAACUGCUGCUGUCUGUCUACCCCACUCUGCAGUGGGUUUGUGUUUCUGUGCCUUCUCUCUUUUAUGCGCAUUUUAUAGACUGGUAUAAUUGCUUUUAGACGCCGACACGAGGUUAGUUUUACCUCUCCUGCCACAUCGGAAGACUUAGAAAGCAGGGAGGAUGGAGCUGGUCCAGGAUUAGAGGAAAUUAUUUGUUGAGAACUGCCAUUUUAUAUUUGUGUGCACUGAUCAAACGCUGACCAACUCCAUAGAUAUGGGACAAUUCUAGAGUUUAUAUUUAUAUAGAGAGACUUCUUUAUUUGUUUACGGUUUUGUUUUACUCGUCCUACCUUACAGUCUGGUGCCUCUCUCUCUUUCUGACAUUUAGUUCAUAGACAAUCAGAUUAAAUGGACAAUAACUCUGUAUUCAACCAUAUAGCAAAAUGAGGAAGUAUUAUCAUGACUGUGUUUACGCCUGUCAGAUAAACAUAGACUUGGCAUGAUAGUUGUUGUCUAGUUUGACUAUACUCUCAAUACAUGGAUAGACCUGUGCUUCUGAUAUUAUCUGUGAUUGAUUAUUUUUCUUUUAGAUUAGUCAGGUAUGGUAAAAACAAAAAACAAAACAAAAAACAAACUCGCAGACAAUAUUUUAGGUGCGUGACUUUCAGAUGGUGUUUUCAUGGUCAUGGUGACACUACAGCACUGUGCAUAGAUUUAGGUCAGCUUUUGAUUAGAAGGCCUGACAUCUUCGUAGGCAAUAUAAACGGGUGUUUCUUUGCUGUAUUGAUUCCCUGGAAUGAAGCUUUUGUGUCUCGAAGGGAAUGAGAUAAGGCAGAAGGAAGAUGUGUUACACUGAAAUGUAAUGCUUUAUAUGAACACGGUCCGAGGGCUGCCAAAUCAGGACAUGCAUGUAGGUCAUUUUUUUGUUGAUCAUGUACUUGUAUAAUCUGAAAGCAUCUAUUUUUUUUUCUCUGUUAUUUUUUUUUUGUCAGUUAUUUGGAAUGUAUUAUUUUUAGUGCUCAUCUUUGUUUACCUUAUGUGAAGGUAGAGUUUAUGAGGUGAGCAUCGCUCAUUCAUAGGCGACGGGAUUUCUUGCUGCUAAUUGACUAGGAAAACUGUACCAUUAAAUAGAGCUUAAAAUGACAUACUGUAACACUAAGUUUGUUUUAUACCAUGAACAGAUGAUGCAUUACUUAAGCUAAUUUGAAUGUAUUUAAUUUAUUGUUUAAUUACUGAGUCACUGAUAGAGCUAAAUGUGCAGACCUCUGAAGUGAUCAUGUGGUGCAGAUGUGUUUCGGCGUUUGAAACGCCCUUCUCUAUUGUAGACCAGAUUAUUAGUCCUUUAUAUCAUAUCUCCACAUUUCUUGCAUAUGCAUUGUGCCUCAUGAAAUAAGCCCGAAUCACUGAACUAUUUAAGGUAUGCUGCUGUGUUAUAUGUGAGCACCCACAAGUGGCAGAGUUUGGCAUAGCGCCAGCCAAGUGGAACCAAGGACUGAAUGAAACUGCAGUGAUGUGACAUGAAUGUUAAUCAUUCGCCGUCGCCAUUCACAUUUUUUAGCCAAUCAGAUCUUUGUGUUGCUCUGUAUGGAUGGGUUCUCAGUUACGUAGUAUCACAUGAUUGAUCCUGCUAGUUUCAAAGGGUAAAGUAACAUAGUGCUUUAUGGAUCAUAAUUAAAAGAAUUUGUGUUUAUUUUUGAAAUAAUGUUUGAAGCAAAGAAUGUUAUAUAGAGGUUGCAUUGACAGAAUACAUAGAAACAAUAGGGUCUAAUUUCUUAGCUUUAUAAACAUGAUUAUUGCAUUGCUUGCAAAUAGAUAUUAUCCUCCAUUUAUCACAUUUCCUGGGACAAAUCCUAUAUGACAUGUAACAGUGGCACACUGGAAGAUUUUAAGGACAUUAUAUGGCAUAAUCUCAGCUGAAUGAAUCAGCAAACUGUGUGCUUACCUGGAGACUGUUCUAUAUUUAAUAAAUAGGCUAGUUUUUAUAAACAUUUUCGCAUACGUGUUGGAAAUAUAUAUUGUUGAAUGCAAAGUUAGUAAACAGAGAAUUACAUGGCAACA